UUGCACGUUCCGCUUCAAGUCGAUUCGCCCACGACCUUACCUGUUCUUGCCAUCUUAGCCACAGUCACUCACAAUGUCCAUCAUGAACUCGUUCCAAAAAAUAUUCAUCACUUUUGCACUCGCAGGUCUUAUCAUUGGCCUUCUCUCGGGCCAGGCUGCUGCUAGAGAAGUCCAAUGUGAUUACCACUUUGCUCCUCUGGAUGGUGUUAAUACUGGCAAGGGCUCCUGCAUUUCUUCGGCGAAUACUGGUCAAGACAACUACUGCUCUCUUGACACCUGCGGUGUUCGUGCCACCCCCACCACCUACAUCCACUGGAAUAAUGUUCAAUACAUCCAAUGCGAAGGCAUACCCAAAGUUUUUGUGCAGCAAUACUUCCGUUACACCACAUACGUCUCCGCGCAGGACAAGUUCAAUGGGAAAUUCUACAAAUGCUCCUAUCAGCCCGCUCAAAACACAUAUUACAUCAGCUGUAACUGCCCGUAGGAAUAAGUCGUCGUUAGUUGCCUACUCAAGGGGUUGACGGUCCAACGAAUUCUCGACGCUGCCUUGCGUAGGUAUCAUGUCAUUACUUAUUCAUCUUACAUCAAGUUUGCUAUUGCCGGCGCUCCCCUCACGGAGUUCGAUUGUCAGAUAAGAGUGCAGCUGUUUCCUUCUAUGAACCCUUUAUUUUCAUCUCUAUCUAUCCGCCGAAU